ACAAGUGGAGUCGACAUGUACAAGCUGGACCUGCCGGUAGAUCUGGACGAGGCCGCCGUGCUGCAGAGGAGGAGGAAUGCCGAGCAGCAGAGGCUGAGCCGGGUGUUUGACAGCAGAGUCAGGACGAUCGGGAUGGAUAAAGAGGCUUUGGAUGUUCAAGUACAUGACAAAAAAAUCCAAAAAGAGAUUGAAAAUAAACGUCAAGAAGCCUUCGAUACUCAAAUGGUGCAAAACGACAAAGUCCUCUGCUUAUUGGACCAGCGAGAAAAGGACGACAUCAGAAACCUAAACCAAGCCAUCAAUGAGUUCCAACUUCAGUUUCAGAAGAAAGAGGACCGUCGAGAGUUUGAUCUGUACGAUCCACUGGCCUUAAAGAAAGACCUCCCACCCCGUCUGUCCGAUGAUGACCCUCGCUGCAGUGUCUCUGGGGUCCAGCAGCUGAUGGGAGAGGACUUAACAGAAAGGAACCGAAAAAGGGAACAGCAAGAGCAGCUAAGAGAAUGGUCCCUACAGCAGCAACAGGAAUGGGCCAGAGCCUUAGAGGACAAGAAGUUUUCAGAAAGUCUCUAUGACAAAAUGAGAAUCGAACUUGACAGGCAGGCGAUGGAACUACAAAAAAUGGAAGUACAAGCGAGACGAGAGAUCUGCAUUUUCACCAAAGAAUUUAACAAAGCUCAGGCUUCAGAGUGCUUAGAAAGAAAAAAGCUAGAAAAACAACAUCAAGAAGAAGACAAUUUUGUAGAGGUCACCAACAAUUCUGAAGGAGACCUCCUGUCGGAAAACCCUGCUCAAGCGACCAGCUCCUUUGGCCCUCACCGUGUGGUUCCUGAUCGCUGGAAGGGAAUGACCCCAGAGCAGAUGAAGGAAGUUUUUGAUGUCCAGCAGCACCAGAUCCAGGAGAAGAUGAGACUAAAGGAGGAAGAAAGACAGAGACAAGCAGAAUGGGAUAGGAAGAGAGUGCAAGAGGCCCGGGCUAUGGUUCUUCUGGAACGGCAACAAAAACGCCAAGAACGGGAGCUACGCAAGGCACAGGAUCACAUCAACCUGCAGCUCGCACAGGCACAUGAAGCCCAGAAGAACUACCUUGAGCAAGAAGUAUUUGAGAAUACUCCUACAGAUGAGUAUUUUGACCAAUUCAACACAACCAGCCGAUGACCAAGGAUACGUAGAGGACCUCUGUUAUAAUGAUAUUGCAGCUUCCAUAGGAGGGGCUUUUAGGAAACCCUGUCCUAGAUGAGGGACCAUGCAAAUCUCCGGCAAUCACGUGUUUUCCACAUCUUUCUGUUAUAAAUGUAAACCAACUGCUGAGAAUGUAUCCACCAUGUGUCUGCCACAUUGUUCCACUUCUGGGAUGGGGUGUGAAGUUCUCUGAAGUUGAAAGCUGACAUUUACUUCAU